UUCUCCGCUCCCGCCAUGGCUCCCGAGCGGUUCCCGCCGGCCUUCGCCGAGGCCGGGCAGCAGAGCGGGCUGCAGGUGUGGCGUGUCGAGCGGCUGGAGCUGGUGCCGGUGCCCCCGAGCCGCCACGGCGACUUCUUCGUUGGGGACGCGUACCUGGUGCUGCGCACGGAGCGCCGCGGGGACAACGUCGCCUACCGCCUGCACUACUGGCUCGGGAAAGAAUGCACCCAGGAUGAAAGCACAGCUGCAGCUAUCUUUGCUGUUCAAAUGGAUGACUAUCUAGGAGGAAAGCCUGUGCAGAGUAGAGAAAUUCAAGGAUAUGAGUCUACUGAGUUUGUGGGUUACUUCAAAGGAGGAAUUAAAUACAAGGCAGGUGGUGUUGCCUCUGGAUUUAAUCAUGUUGUUACUAAUGAUCUGAGUGCCCAGAGGCUGCUGCAUAUCAAGGGCAGGAGAGUUGUAAGAGCCACAGAAGUCCCCCUGGCUUGGACCAGCUUCAACAAAGGAGAUUGUUUCAUUAUUGACCUCGGAAAUGAGAUCUAUCAGUGGUGUGGCUCAUCAUGCAACAAGUAUGAGAGGCUGAAGGCUACACAGGUUGCUGUUGGCAUUCGGGACAACGAACGAAACGGAAGGUCCAAGUUAAUUACUGUGGAAGAAGGCAGUGAGCCAGACCGGCUCAUAGAGGUUUUAGGGAACAAGCCAGAGCUUCCUGAGUGUGAUGAUGAUGAUGAUGAGCUGGCUGAUGUCACAAACAGGAGAAGUGCUAAACUAUAUAUGGUGUCGGAUGCAAGUGGAUCCAUGAAGGUGUCCUUGGUAGCAGAGGAAAACCCCUUCUCUAUGGCUAUGCUUUUGUCUGAGGAGUGCUUCAUUUUGGACAAUGGUGCUGCCAGGAAGAUCUUUGUGUGGAAAGGCAAAAAUGCUAACCCUCAAGAGAGAAGAGCUGCCAUGAAGAAUGCUGAACAAUUCAUACAGCAGAUGAAUUAUCCUGCCAACACACAGAUUCAAGUCCUUCCUGAAGGAGGUGAAACACCAAUGUUCAAACAGUUUUUCAAAGACUGGAAGGAUAAAGAUCAAAGCGAUGGCUUUGGCAAAGUCUAUGUCACAGAGAGAGUGGCUAAAAUUGAGCAGAUUGAAUUUGAUGCUACCAAAUUACAUGAGUCUCCACAAAUGGCUGCCCAGCAUAACAUGAUAGAUGAUGGUUCAGGGAAAGUAGAGAUCUGGCGUGUGGAAAGCAGUGGCCGAGUUCCUGUGGGACCUGAGACAUACGGACAGUUCUAUGGGGGUGACUGUUACAUUAUCCUCUACACUUACCCUAGAGGGAAGAUCAUCUACACAUGGCAAGGAGCCCAUGCUACAAAAGAUGAACUGACUGCUUCUGCAUUUCUGACUGUUCAGCUGGAUCGGUCAUUAAAUGAUCAGGCUGUGCAGAUCCGAGUCAGUCAAGGCAAAGAGCCUGCACAUUUACUGAGCUUGUUCAAAAACAAGCCACUUAUAGUCUACAAGGAUGGGACAUGCAAGAAGGAAGGUCAGAAACCUGCUCCACCGACACGACUCUUCCAAAUCCGCAGGAACCUGGCAUCCAUUACUAGGAUUGCAGAGGUUGAUGUUGAUGCAGUGUCAUUAAACUCUAAUGAUGUCUUUGUUCUGAAACUGCCAAACAACUCUGGCUACAUGUGGGUAGGAAAAGGAGCAAGUAAAGAAGAGGAACAAGGAGCUCAGUACAUUGCCAAUGUUCUCAAAUGCCAAACUGCUAAGAUUAAUGAAGGCCAGGAGCCAGAGGAAUUCUGGAAAGCACUUGGAGGUAAAAAAAAAUACCAGACUUCAUCACAACUCUUGACAAAGGCUGAAGAUCAUCCCCCUCGCCUGUAUGGUUGUUCUAAUAAGACAGGCAGAUUUAUUAUUGAAGAGGUCCCAGGAGAAUUCACUCAGGAUGAUUUGGCUGAAGAUGAUGUCAUGUUGCUGGAUGUUUGGGAGCAGGUUUUCAUCUGGAUUGGGAAGGAUGCUAAUGAAACUGAGCGACAGGAAUCCGUUAAAUCGGCCAAACGCUAUAUUGAAACAGAUCCUUCUGGCAGAGAUAAGGGAACCCCCAUUGUAAUUGUGAAGCAAGGGCAUGAACCCCCCACAUUCACAGGCUGGUUCCUGGCUUGGGACUCAAACAAAUGGAAGAACUGAUCUCUCCAAGGAGACUCCAGCUUCAAGCCAAAGAAUGACCAGAGCCCAGCUACUUUCUAGUAUUUUUAAGCAUAAGCUUAUGCAACAACAUGAUGCAUCUGUUGUUACA